AUGAACUUUUCAGCAGAGCGUAUCGCAAGAAGUCAAGCAAGGCACGAACAACCCGUCUUGGUAUUUUUGGAUUUGGAACCUAAUAAGACGAUAGGUGUCCGAGCCUUCAAGAGUUUUCUAUCGUCAAUUGUGACUGAAGAAAAUGAGAAAGACAAAGCUCAGAGCCUUCGAAUUCUCAAGAGCUACUGCGACUCACAAGCUGUGAAAGAUGCCGAAGGGAAGCCAACAGCCUGCUUUCUCGAUCUUUUCCAAACGUGGGCUUAUGCGGAGAGCAACAAUGAAGAGUCACUGCUGUCUUUAAUCCCUUCAGUCAUCGCUCUGUUUCUAAAAACAGUCUCCGGACAACUUAACUUCAGGGAUUUUGGACUUGCGUUGUGCAAGUUUAUACUACAAAAAGAACAACUAAACUUACUCAACCGGGGACUUACUGCGAGUAAAACUCGAGAUCAUCUGAUAUCACCGUGUUUGCGAUUACUCACAGAAGUAGUCGGUUUCGACGGUGGUGCUGUGGCAAGAGCACUCUAUGCAAAUCGCCACAUCACUCUGAAACGAUUAGAUAUUUUUCUUGGCCCUCAGAAAAUAGACUUGGACGAUGAUACAGAAGACCGAAGAAAGCCAACACUCCGACGUAUUGCACAGCGUUACUUAUUGGCGAACCUCAAGUUCCAAGCUACAGCUGCGAAAGAAGAGUUGAUUUCCCAAGGCAAGCUUAUUAAAUCCUUUUUAGAAGAUAUCCGCAGAGAUUCCCGAGAUAUUGUUGUUGAUAUCAUCACUACUAUUGAUAAAUAUGUCUUAAGUGACUCAACACUCUCGCGAAAUUCCAAAAGUCGUCUCCUCAACCGUGGAAACCUGGAGAGGCUGGUUACUCUUUAUGGAUACGAGAAAGAUGCCCCCGAGCCCCCGACUAAUAACGAAUCGAUCUCCAAUGAAAUCCAUAAAUUCAUGCUUUCUAUUUGCACCUCUCACGAGAAAGGAGUCCUUCUUCCAGAAACUGGAUGGUAUCCUUUCGGGGCCACUGCCGAUGUUCUUCCACCAGAUGAUCCUGAAUGCAUCUCACUCGGGCUUGACUCGCCGCUUUACUUCGACAAAUACGAAGGAUCAGUACCUGUUCGAAAUGGAAAUCUUUCAGCAUUGAUACAAUCUUUGCGACCAGAUUCUGAUACGUUGCAGAUAGAAUUGCUUCUGAAGAUCUUUACAGCCGCUCCUGAGCUUGUUUAUAACUAUUUUUCUACACGGACGAUGUUUACAAUGGAUCCCCGACCUACACCAAACUGGCUGGGGGAGUCUGCUUUCCUAUUCUCCGUCAUCCAGCUUCCAGUGCCUGUGCAAUGUGGUUGGAAAGGAAGUUCGUCCCCAGAAAUCCCACCUCCCAUUCCCGUUGUCAUCGAAAGUAUAAUUCCUCGCCCUCUAACUCAGAAAAUAUUGACACGGUGUAUGAACCAAAACGCGGAUGUUGUGACCUUAUUUGCCAUCCGAAUCGCAGCGACAGCUUUGCGCAAACUUCAAACUGUUUUGAAAAUGUUUGGCGGUUCAAGGGAAGCUGGUCAAGGGUUAUGGGAUCAAGCAGCUGCAAGGCUUGUCGCUGAAUUUUGCCGCAGAUGUCCCACGAUGAAAGAUACAAUUCUCACAUUCAGAAAGACGCAUAGCGAUAAUCUGCAACAACAAGAUGCCAUAUUGGAGCUACUUUCACUGUUUUACCAAGUCAUCCCAACAGUCGCUCUUGAGGAGAAAUUCGACAUUUCUUUGACACUCGUCAGUGUACUGAAACGACUAGACGAAGCCGAGCUUCUAGAGAAUAACAAACACCUUCUUCUUGGCCAGCUGCGAAGCCUCCUGGUUAUCGCCCAAGAAUCCCCAACAAUUCGAUGGUGGCAGAAACCAGAAUCCAUGCAAUUUUCCGCUUUUACAUCGGUCUUGAGAGUCGUUGCAAGCACGUCAGCAGAAUCACCAUUAGACAACAUUAAACCACUUUUACGAAAUGUACUCGUUCAAAACUCAGUUCUGACUGAUGGCAACGCCUUUGAUGCUCUUUUCAAAGGCUUUGAAGUGUCAUCUGCUAAUACCUUUGGCGACCAGUUGACUUUUAUAGACAACUGUAUUGUCAGACUUGUCAAAAAGCCCGUAUUCUAUCUGGACCUUGUUCCAUACUCAUUACAAAACAAUUCUGGAAGACUGAGCUUGCUUGCGAUAACAGUUUGUGAGCAAUGGUCAUUUAUUGUUGGUGCUGAAAACGCAGAUAAAGAAUUGAACAUUGCUAUAUGGAUUGCCGGGUUUUUUCAGGGUUUGAGGGCCGCUGGGGAAGAUAAACACUUGCUAGAAACCCUUCGAGACGCUAUGAUGAAAGAAACUAAAUCCAAGGAAAGUCGUUCGACGCUUAGAAAAGCAUUAAAAAGUCAUGACAAAAAUGACAGCAAGGAAAUAUUGUCAGAAAACAUCACACCAUCCAUUCCAGAUGCCAAACUAAAGAUCCAAGUAUCUCUUACGGAUACAUUUGGCAGGGUUGCUGCGGAGGAUGAAUCACACCCUGGAAUCCACCGAUGGGAGCAAGGGGACCUCGAAUUUGCGCUCGAUCAAGGUUACGUAGGCGAAUUGAUACUAUGCUUUUGUUCUCAGCAUGAAGAAAUCCGAAGACAAGCUAUGAUUGGAGUUUCGCGGUUCAUGGCCAAAAUAAAGGAAUCCGGUCAUUCAGAGCGACAACAUCUUUAUGUUUUAAUGGGGGAACUGCUGGAAACAGUGAAGCAAGCUGGAGUGGAGACUCCUUUGCCAUACAUCGCCGGCGAGCUUGGUGCUCGAUUGCUACUAAUUCUCAUGAAUCCACUACAGAAGCUAUAUGCCAAAGCAAACUCUUUCCUGAAUAAAGGGCCGUUCUGGGAGCUUGCCAAACUUCCUUCAUAUUGGAUUGACAAGAUUCUGCUGCACGAGCCUGAGUAUGAUGAUAGACAUAAUGAGGAAGUUGGCUGGUUGCUGGAUCUCUUUAUUAAUGGCCUCAGGACUGCGAAGGACCUGGACAUCUAUCGCCGUGCCGGUAUCUUCGAGCGCUUAUUCUCUUACUAUAGCUCACCCCACCUUUCGGACGGCUUGCGGAAGAAAAUUCUGCACUUGAUUUUCCGCGCCUGUGAGACCGGUGGCAGCACAACGCUUCUGACCCGAGCUGCUGUUCUCAGCUGGAUCCACGUUCAGAGCGCAACAAGCGGCAGCCGGCAAGGUCUUCUGCAGGCGCUGGCUAGCGAGCUCUACGAGUGCUGCGACAAGGAGUGGAUAGAUCGCUGGAGCGGCUCAUCUUUAUCUAGAGAGGCUAUCGAGAUGCCCGAGGGAACAUGA